AGACAUGACUCCUACUGUCUUCUUGGUCAUCCUGUGUUUGGGAGUAGCCUCAGGUGCUCCAAAACCAGAUUACAGUUUGGAUGCUGAGUGGGAGGAGUGGAAGAGGAGCAAUGAGAAAACAUACACCCAAGAGGAAGAAAGACAGAAGAGAGCAGUAUGGGAAGAAAAUGUGAAAAUGAUCAAACUGCACAGUGAGGGGAAUGGCCUGGGGAUGAACAACUUCACUGUAGAGAUGAAUGAAUUUGGUGACAUGACUGGUGAAGAAAUGAGGAAAAUGAUGAUGGAGGGUUCAGUUGUGACUCUAAAGAAUGGGAAACACAUCCAGAAACGAGGCGAUCCCAAAAUCCCCAAAACUUUGGAUUGGAGAACACAAGGUUAUGUGACUCCUGUGCGGAGACAGGGAGGUUGUGGUGCUUGUUGGGCUUUUGCUGUUGCUGGUUCCAUAGAAGGACAGCUGUUCAAGAAAACAGGCAAACUGAUCCCACUGAGUGUACAGAACCUAAUAGACUGUUCUAGAUCUUUUGGCACUAAUGGCUGUAAAGGAGGCAUGAUGUAUAAUGCCUUCCAAUAUGUGAAGAACAAUGGAGGUCUGGAGGCCGAGGCAACCUAUCCAUAUGAAGCAAAGGAAGGACGCUGCAGGUACCGUCCUGAACGUUCUGUUGUUAAGGUCACCCGCUUUUUGGUUGUCCCAAGGAAUGAAGAAGCCCUAAUGAAUGCUUUAGUAACUCAUGGGCCUAUUGCUAUUGGAAUUGAUGCUAGACAUGAAUCUUUUACAAAAUAUACGGGAGGUAUAUACCAUGAACCAAACUGCAGACCUGAUUCUCCUAACCAUUCUGCGCUCUUGGUUGGCUUUGGCUAUGAAGGCAGAGAGUCAGAGGGCAGGAAAUAUUGGCUGGUAAAGAACAGCCAUGGUGAAAAUUGGGGAGAAAAAGGCUACAUAAAGAUUCCCAGAGAUCAGAACAACUACUGUGGAAUUGCUUCCUACGCCAUGUACCCCAUAUUGUGAGC